AUGCUAGAUGAUCGAGUUGAAAAAUGGAUGAAAGAAAUACGCGUUAUUGAUGGAGGUGUUGAAACUGAACUACAAAAAAGAGCAAAAUUAAAAAUUGAAGGACAUAAUAUAGAAAGUUGUUGUCUUCUUAAAAAUGAUCCAAAUUUAGUAUGUGAUGUACAUAAAAGCUUUUUACAAGCAGGAUGUGAUAUCAUUUCAACGAAUACAUUUUCUGCAUCACCCGAAACACUAACUGCUGCUUUGAAUAUCACCGAUACAGAAGCUGUAGAAUUAAUGCGUCAUUCUGUACGACUUGUACAACGUGCAAUGGCUACUGACGAUUGGUUAACAAGAAAGAUACAAAAAUUGCCUAUUCUUAUCGCUGGAUCAUUAGGUCCAUACAAUGCUUGUAUUGUCAAAGAGAAUGUCAGUAAAAACAAAGUGCAGGAAAAUAGUGAAAGUACAUUUGAAAAUCUAGUCGAAUUUCAUUAUAGACGUGCAGAAAUAUUAAUUUCUAGUGGUGUAGAUUUUUUAGCAUGGAAUAAAAUUUCAUCAUUAAAUGAAAUUUUAGCUAUUAGUGAAGUAAUGCGUAGACUACCGCCGACAGCUUUAGGUUGGAUAACAAUUGAUUCGUCAGAUGGACAAAUAACAACUAAUGGUGAUUCAUUAAGCCAAAUGGCUUUAGAAGUAGAAAAAUGUGAGAAAGUAUUUGGAGUUGGUAUAUGCUGUAAUAUCUCCAAUAAUAUGAUUGGUCAAGCAUUAGCUAACCUCUACAGUAUAUAUGAUCCCUGUGAAUCAGGAAAUGAAGAAGGCUUUCAUCCACCACCGUGUACAAUCAGAAAACAUCACUCUGAAGAAUCAAUUAUCAAUGGAGCUAAGCGUAAAAUUCUCAUACUCCUAGCGAAUGAUGGACAGAUAUGGAUCCCACCAAGUAGUAAACGUUUAAAACGAGGUCAGCUGUUGCCGACACUUACAACUUUAGGACCUAAAAGAUGGGUGAAUACCAUUUUACAAUGGUCUCAAAAACGCAGUAUAUCAAGUCUAGGUGUAACAAAUUCUAACAAUAAAGAAGUAUGCACUAGUGGUAGUAGUACUAUACUGCCUUUAGCUCAAUGGGUUGGUGGUUGUUGUCGUGUAGGCCCAGAGUAUAUACGCCAAUUAGCCGAAAGUAUGAAACCUGAUGAAUAUAUCACUAUUCUGCCAACAAAUGAUCCUUUAUAUCCAUAUACAAAGGAAGCAGACGAUAAGAAGACGACAGUAUUUAAAAAUGUGACCAAAAGAAAACAAAGUGAACAUCUUAGUGACAAGAUGUCAAAGAAAAGAAGCAAGAAAUAA